AUGUUGCCCGUGUCAGCCCGACGCGUCAUUUCGUCCGUCCCGUCAUCGGGGCUGGCUUCGUCGCUUGCCGCCUCUGCUCCUCGAGCCGCCGUCCAGGCCGUCCCCGUCCUUUUCCCCGGCCAUCAGCGCCGGCUUUCGUCUUCCAAGCCCUCGCGGUCGGACAACGGAUCCAGCGAGAUUCCUGCCGGCCAGUCCGUAACGACCUCGGCCUCCCGGACCGAAGGCAAAGCUGGCGCGGACAAGAGGAAACGAAGGACCAAGGAUGCCUCUGGAAAGAAUGCCUCGUUCAAGCGGCUGCCUAGCGUGCCCAGCACCCACUACAUAUCUCAAGAAGCUCUCGGCUUGUCCUCCUUCUUCUCGCUACACCGACCCAUCUCCAUCACCCAGACGAUGCCUCGGACGGUGACGAUUGAGCACUUUGCCUCCAUCUUUGCGCCCAGAACCAGGGCCAGCAAGGUGUCGGAUACCAUGUCGACGCUGUCCAGCACCAUCGAUCAGCUCGAGGGUCCCGUGGCGCAGCUGACCAUUGGCGGCGUCGAGGACCAAGGAAUCGGCCAAGGCAUGCACAAGGUUGAGCUUCGAAACGCCGACGGCAGCCACUCGAGCCUCUACCUGCAGGUCGAUGCCAUGUCGGGCGACUUUUUGCCCUUUCGACCGCCUCCUCUGCCGCAGGUGGCCGAGUCCACGGCGGACGACGCAGAAGGCACCGCCGCCGCCGCCGCCGCCGCCGCCGCUGUCGAGGCAGAAGCCCCCGAGCCAGCGCCGCACCACCGCGUCUACAAGGCCAUGUUCACCAUUGAAGAGUCUACCGAGCCCGACGGCCAGAUCCGCAUCGUCGCGCACAGCCCCAGCAUCGUCAGCGACGAGCAGCCGCGUAGCUUCCUGGAGCGCAUGGCCAAGCGACAAAUGGAAGCCGACCACGCCCGCGGCCGUCGCGAAAUGCACGCCAUCAGCGUCCGCCGACAACGAAAGUUGAGGAUGAAGAAGAAGAAGUACAAGAAGCUCAUGAAGCGCACGAGAAACCUGCGCCGCAAGCUCGACAGGACGUGA